AUGGAUAAAUUAGGGUUUAGUUUGAGGAAAUUGAGAACAUUACUGAUUUUCAGUUUCAUAGCGUUUUCUGUAUUACUCAUAUUUAGUGUUAAACACCAAAACUCAAUCUUUGAUUUUGUUGGAGCAUUUUCCAACAUGAAUCUAUUGCCUGCAAAUAACAACCACGAUGUUACUUCUUCUUCUUCAACUGUUAAAGCAGAAUCACCGGUGUUGGGAGAUAAAGAUCUGAACACUGUGACAGGGAUCUUUCAAGAACCAAAUCAGACACUAACUAUCUUAGACAUUGGUCCUAAAAAGAAGCCAUCUCCUAUUACCAUUGCUAAUGACCAAUUACUUGAUGGACUUCUAGUUUCCGCAUUUGAUGAAGCGUCGUGCUUAACUACAAAUUGCAAAUACCUUGUCUGGACAGCUUCCAAUGGAUUGGGGAACAGGAUGAUAACCUUGGCUGCAGCAUUUCUUUAUGCUAUCCUCACCGACCGGGUUUUACUUGUCAAAUUUGGGAUUGACAUGUUCGCUCUCUUUUGUGAGCCAUUUCCUGAUUCCUCAUGGUUAUUGCCAAGGAAUUUUCCUUAUUGGAAACACCACAAACAUAUUGAAACUUAUGAAAACAUGCUAAUGAAUAGCAAGAAAAACAGAUCAAAGGGACUUUUGCCGCAAUUUCUCAUUCUCAAUCUACAGCACACCCAUGAUGGUCAUAACAACUUCUUUCAUUGUGAUCAAAGUCAAGCUCUUCUCCAAAAAGUCCCCGUUCUAAUUUUGUCGUCGGAUCAAUAUUUUGUCCCUUCCCUUUUUAUGAUUCCAUCAUUUACGCAAGAACUAAGCAAAAUGUUCCCUAAGAAAGACACUGUUUUUCACCAUUUGGGCCGUUACCUUUUCCACCCGUCCAAUCAGGCAUGGGAACUAAUUAGCAGAUUCUAUGAGGAACACUUAUCCAAGGAAAAUGAGAAAAUUGGCUUGCAGAUUAGAGUAUACAACACUCAUCGAGCAUCACAUGAAACCAUUAUUAAUGAAACUCUAGCCUGCACCCUUCAGCAUAAGCUGCUGCCUGAUAUCGGUGUGCCAAAGACAGCAGCGGAAUCUCAUUUAAAGAAGCAGGCAUCAAAAGCUGUUCUAGUGGCAUCUCUAUAUUCUGAAUAUGGUGAGAAGCUGAGGACUAUGUAUAAGGCAAAUACAACUGUGACUGGGGAGGUAAUAAAUGUUUAUCAGCCAAGUCAUGAAGGGCGUCAAAAAUCAAAUAAUGACACGCACAAUAUUAAAGCAUGGACGGAAAUUUAUCUGCUGAGUUUGUGUGAUGCACUGAUCACAAGCCCCAAGUCUACUUUUGGGUAUGUUGCUCAUAGUCUUGGAGGUUUAAAGCCAUGGAUUCUUGAGAGGGCAUAUGGGGAAACCAUCCCAAAUCCACCUUGUCGACGAUCCAAGUCCAUGGAGCCUUGUUUCCAUUAUCCUCCAAAGUAUGAUUGUAUGGCCAACAACACAGUUGAUUUUACUUCCCUUUUUCAUCACAUGAAGCAUUGUGAAGAUGUAUCUAAUGGAUUGAGGUUGGUUAAUACUGAUCAUUAG